CGGAGGAGGAGGAGGAUGCUGGGCUGACGAACCAAACGGAACGGAUUAUUUAACGCGCCGCAAAAAUGGCAACGCUUGCAAACAAAAUUAAACAAACGCUACGAAAGUUACAUUAUUAGGAAUUACUCUAUCUGGAGUUAAAUUAUUUAAAGUUUAAAGUGUCUUCAUUGGCAAUACAAAACGACGGGUUAAGUUAAUUUCGACUGUCUAUAUAUAGAUCAUCUGUAUAGGCAAGCACAAUAUUGCAAAUAGGUUAAAUAUCUAAAUAUCUCGAAAUGGGAAAUCAGCCGGGAAAGCUACACACCCAUCCACAGAGUGGUCGACCCAAAAAGAAUGUCCACUGGAAGUCCGCAGAACGACCUUCACCACCUGGCCGACCGAUUCUAACGCCAGUAGCACUUCCGGAACAGCAACCAGAUGUGGUGAAUCUGCGCUGGGAUCGACCACUGCAUGAUGGAGGUUCUCCUAUCACUGGCUACACUGUGGAGCACCGGCGCAUGGGAUCUCCCCAUUGGGUGAGAGCCACGCCCACUCCUGUCGAUCGCUGUGACGUAUGUAUCAGUGGAUUAGAACCAGGAUGGCGUUACCAGUUUCGCUGCUUUGCCGAGAACAUUGUAGGUCGAUCCGAUGCCAGUGAACUGUCCGAUCCACUGACGGUUACGCUUCAGCGAAAUGCUAUUACCGUGCCGCGAUUCAUUGACGAACUGGUGGACACGGAUGCAGUGGAGGACGAACGCAUAGAGUUUCGAGUACGCAUCCUGGGCGAACCGCCGCCAGAAAUCAAUUGGUUCAAAGACGGUUACGAGAUCUUCAGCAGUCGACGCACAAAGAUCGUCAACGAUAAUGACUCCAGUGUUUUAGUGAUCCACCAGGUAGCCCUGACCGACGAGGGCGAGAUCAAAUGCACAGCCACCAAUAGGGCGGGUCAUGUAAUUACCAAAGCCAGAUUAAUGGUGCAAGCACCGCCUAAGAUCCGAUUACCACGCACUUACGAGGAUGGACUGAUCGUUGAGGCGGAUGAAGUGCUGCGCCUCAAAGUGGGCGUGGCCGGACAACCACCGCCGGCAAUUACAUGGCUUCAUGAGGGCGAGGUUAUCCCUCCUGGUGGGCGCUUUGAAAUCACCAACACUGAGAAGAACUCGCUGCUCAAGAUCGACAAUGUUCUGCGGGAGGAUCGCGGAGAAUACAUGGUAAAGGCUUGGAAUCGAUUAGGCGAGGACAGUACAUCAUUUCUGGUCACUGUAACGGCUAGACCCAAUCCCCCCGGUACUCCCAAGUUGAAUAUGUCCUUUGGCAAGUCCGCUACUCUUUCCUGGACGGCUCCACUUGACGAUGGAGGCUGCAAGAUUGGCAACUACAUUGUGGAAUAUUUCCGAGUGGGUUGGAAUGUUUGGCUCAAAGCGGCUACCACACGGGCUCUGACCACUACGCUUCACGAUCUUAUCGAGGGCUCGGAGUACAAGUUUCGGGUGAAGGCAGAGAACCCUUAUGGUCUUAGUGAACCAUCGGGAGAAUCGGAACUUCUCUUCAUCCCAGAUCCCAAGAGGGGGAUCACGAAACCAAAGUCAGCUACCAAGAUUGCAGGGGAUGAAAGGGAUAAACCCAAGGCAGAAGCUGGAACAGUACAGGUCCCACCGCGUCGGAAGACUUUGUCCCCACCUCGUCCCCAUGCAGAUGCCUCAACGGGAAUGUCACCUAAGCAAUCACCCAGUGUAAAACGCAAGCCCAAGCCCCAGCUAGUAGACAACGAGCAACUGACGCAUGAGAUGUCCUACGGAACUUCGGAUCAGGCAUUAAAGAUGGAUGUAAGGAAGAGUCCCUCUUUGAGCAGUGCGGACUUAGCGAACAAGACCACGUCAGAUAGUUCUAAUCCGAAGCUGAAUUUUACCCUGGUGACUACCACUUUGGCGCCGGUGGAGAAGUCUGAACCAUCAUCACCCAAGUCACCAAUUACCUCCCCUUUGAAACUAUUCAAUCCCAAACCAUUGGGAGUUCCAAAGGAUAAGUCACCAGUGCAGCCACGGCCACAGCCCUUGCCCACUCCGCCAAAAGAAAAACCGGAGAAGGCAUCUCCUAACCGCAAGAGAAGUUUAAGUCCACCCAAUAAGAGACAACCACCUCCGCUUCGCAAGAGUCCUACGCCACCGGAACCCAUAAAAGUUACUCCAGCUUUGUUAAGAAGUGCCGAGCCCGUUCAAUUGGGAGUAAAUCAGAAUGUGAGACGUUUCUCUGGACAGACCCUAAGCCCGGCCAGAAAUGUUCCUACUCUGGCGUUGGCAGUAGCUUCUGGGGUGUCAGCUGUAAUUGGUGAGAAGCUUCCCACCAUAGAGAUUAGUGCUCCACCAACGCCACAGGAGGAGGAACCUCCAAUCUCAGAGACAACUCCAUCGCCGGAACCACCUCUAAAGUCCAACGCAAGGCGCUUCUCCAGGUCAACCGACAAACACGAUGAUGUGCACACCAGUAAUGAGUUCAUGCUGGUCGUCUUCGACAAGAACAGCAAGGUCAGGGAUAAGGACAAACAAGAUUCCUUUGAGUUGGACCUGGAGGACGCCAUCCAGCCACCACCCAUCUCGAUUUCAGCACCGGAUUUGGCCUUUCUGGAGUUCACCAACUUGCACACCACUUUCCCCCUGCGCCGUUCUGUCAGUUCCACGGAACUUCUGUAUGAAAGGGCCAUGGCAAGGUUUUAUGAGGCAGUGGAGCUAGAGCAAGCUUCUAAAUCCCGCAAAACGUCACAGGACAAGCUGGCCACUCCAGCUCCUCAUCAAACUCCUGCUAAUCUUCGCAAGCGUCUUGGUUCUAUUUCAGAGGCUGAGCGGUUGUCUUUCGAAAGAAGGAGCGAGCUGCGCCGCCAGUCAGCGGAUAUGGUGUCCAUUUCACGAAAAUGGGAUUCAAGGGAGAAUGUCAGCGAAAUGGGUAACUUGACUCGCAUGCACACCACUGGGCAGCUGACCUUGGAGACACGAAAGGAUCUUAAAGAGCUGGAAGACCAGGAGGAGUUGGAGGAGGAACAUCUGACUGAGAGCACAGCAGAUGAUAGUGAGGAUAUGGAUAUAGAUUUCGAUGAAGAUGUAGAGUAUCCGCCACAGAAGCAUCUGCAGCAGCAAUCUAGCAAUGAUCUUGGUUCGGAUUACACGGAGAGUACUGCAUCCUCAGAGCAGGACUCCAUUGAAAAAUUCAAGAUGGAGUUAUUGGCCCGCACGCGUUCGCCUAGUCCCAGAGAUCUUGAGACCUAUCAUCCGCGUACCAUGGGCGCAGGAACCUUUACGCCAUACAGGGCUCCUACUCCUGAGCAGGCUGCCGUAGUGCUUAACCGUCCAGUACCACUGCCCAGUCCAGAUUUUGUUCCCAAACCGAUCCUUAAGAGGUCCUCUAAUGAGCAUGUGGAGCAGUCUGUUAGUCCUCCCCCGAGUGGAAUUAUAACCGAAAUAAUUCCGAGCAUAGUACCUCCAACUCCAACUGUGACUGCCAGCAAUCCCAGUACUCUAAAAAUGGAUCUGGCCAAGGGAAUCAAAUCAUUUUUCAGCCGGGAUAAGAGAUCAGCUACAGAGAAGAACACUGAGGCAAACGAGGGGAUUUCAAAUCCUCACGAGAAAACGAAUGCAGCUGCCAUUGCGGCGGAUUUGGAGGCCAAGCGAAAAGCUAAGGAAGAAGAGGAGCUGCGUCGCAAGGAGGAGGAACGUCUUAUGCAGGAGGAGGCCCAUGCCGCUGUGGAUCAUUACAGCGAUCUGGUAAGGGAAGUGGGUGGUUCCCACAAAUACCAUACACCCCUCUACCUUGACAGAGAUGAACUGAAACGAGCUGCGGCUAAGGCAGCAGCGGAAACGGACGAGGAGGACAUUCUUUCCCACGCGGAGGAGCUGAAGAAGAGACUGGCGACUGGCGGCAACGAUGACAUGUUUCUGGCGCCUCCAGUAGUCAGGGAACGACGGCUUUCCAUCUCAGAACGAGAGCAACUGGUUCAUGUCCGAGAUGCCGCCAGUAAUCUCGCAAUCCAUCGAUCGCCAGACAGUGCUAAAGUAGAGCAGGAACACGACUCCCCAUCAUACCAACACGAUGAAGAGCCGGAGUACCCCACUGUUCUGGUGGUGCCCCCACCGAAAUCGAAGAACAAAACCGAAUCUGAGACUGAGAGCGUCAUGAGCGAGAUGGUGGAAGCUCGUCCAGAUGCCAGGGGCCGAACUCGUUUAGUAAAGGUAAAGAGGGUGAUUAGACGGAGGGUUCCCUCCAGCACUCGAUCGCGGGAUGCCUCACUGACCAGACCUCAAAUUAUGGAAGUGGAAGGCAACUCGCAGUCAGCCUUAAUCCUCUCCGCUGCAGACAGAGAUCUGAUACAAAAGGCGGCCGCUUUGGCUAUCGUCCAAUCAGAAGAGCAGGCCCACGAGAAGGUUCGCUCGGCCCUCAGCUACUGCACGGAUUUGGUACUCUUCCUGGUCGCCUGCUAUGUGUACUUGUUUAAGGAUGCACGCCUAGUCUUGCCCAUUCUGGGCCUCAUCAUCUAUCGGCAACUGGGUGAGGCUGUGAGGGGCUACGUGCCUGGCUGGCUGCGCCGUAGAAUCAUCGGAGAUGGUAGUUAGACCAACCAGAGCCGAACCCCACCCCCUGCUCAUACUCACAUGCGUUUAUCGGUUAAGUUAGUUUUUAUUACAUACGACUUAUUUAUACGUCUUAAGGUGAAGUUGAAGGUAUCCCCCCGAGUACAUCGUACUAAAUUCUGUAUACGUAAAAUCCUUGCAACUCCUUUUCCGGUUUUCAUUUUAAGAUCCUCAGAUCUAUUCAAGUCUAUUAACCAGUAAUCAUUCAUUGAACUUAUCAUAACUAAUUUAUCUCUAACAUUUCAUUUUGCAAGGAUAAUUGAGCAUAAUCCCCAAAAAACAAAUCAAAACCAUAUAUAUCCCCCCUUUUUAAAUUGCUUUAUGUAUGUAUGUGGAGCUAUAUAAAUCCUUAUGUUAUGAAGUGUUCGUUUGCGGUUCUUUGUGGUCUUUCCGGAUUGUUGGUGAUUCACUUUAAAAAUAAAGCUUAGCAUGUUAUAAAUUCA